AUGCCUCCUGCUAAGAAGAGAAAGACGAAUACGGGUACCGCCGCCAAGGAGGAAGCCCACACUGCAGCGCCAGCAAAGUCUGUCGCGCCUGAAGAGACCGAAGCAACAGAACCUAGCACGACCACGGAAACCGCAUCCGCGACAGCAGAAUCGGCAGCAUCAUCACAACCCACACCGGAAGAUGCCGCGGCAAAAUCACAGGACCGCAUGGCGCGCUUCAAGGCCCUCAAAGCCCGCGCCAAGAACUCGUCCGACCAGAAUUUGAAGGAGGCGACGCUCGAAUCACAACGUCUCGCAUCAGACCCCAGCCAGUUAACAGCGAUCCACCGAAAGCAGGCCGUCGCUUCGCAAAAGCUUCUCAAAGCGGACAUUGAAGAUGCCGGCGGCGACUUUGAGCGGAAGCGCGCCUGGGACUGGACGAUUGACGAGAGUGAGAAGUGGGACAAGCAUGUAAAGAAAAAGGAGGCGCACCGCGACAACAACGCAUUCCAAGACUACACUGCCGAAAGCAACAAGGUGUAUAAGCGCCAGCUGAGGAAUAUUGCCCCCGACAUGGAAAAGUACGAAAAGGACAAGAUGGCGGCCAUCGAGCGCGCCGCUGCCUCGGGCGGCCUCGACAUUGUCGAGACUGAGGACGGAGAGCUCAUCGCUGUGGAUAAGGACGGAUCUUUCUACUCGACAGCCGACUCAACCACAUUCGCACAGAACAAGCCGGACAAGGCGGCAGUGGAUCGGCUGGUGGAAGACCUCAGGAGGGCGGAGGCGAACAGACUCAAGAAGAGAAAGGACCGCAUGGCGCAGAACGGCGACGACGGUGAUGUGACGUACAUCAACGAGAAGAACAAGCAGUUCAACCAGAAGCUGGCGCGCUUCUACAACAAGUACACUGCGGAGAUUAGGGACAGUUUUGAGCGAGGAACCAUGAUUUGA